AUGAAGGUGAAAGACAAGAAUAAGUACAUUGUUAUAGAAUUCAAUGAUGUACACAACCAUGACAUGACCACAGUUGAUAAAGUACAUCUAUUGAGAUCUCACCGUAACUUAACAGAGUCUACAAAGGCCUAUAGUGUAGAUAUGAGCAAAGUUAAUAUUCCAGUGCAUAAACAAUUAAGCCUUCUUGAGGUGCAAGUAGGGGGAUUGGAAAAUGUUGGGUUUGUUAAGAGAGAUGUCUAUAAUUAUCUAAGGGAUGUGCAUGGAGAGGUGAUUGGCCAUGAUGCAGAUCUGCUUAAGGAGCAUUUUAUGGCUAUGCAAGAAAAGAAUGAAUCCUUUUAUUUCAAGAUGGAGAUGCAAGGUCAAGACGAGCUUAUGGGUUUUUUUGGAGAUGUGGUGAUAUUUGAUACGACGUUCAACACGAACCGCUAUGGGAUGGUCUUUGCGCCUUUGUUAGGCAUUAAUAACCAUCGGCAGACAGUGUUGUUUGAUUGUGCAUUCCUAACUAGUAAAACCACAGAUUCAUUUGUAUGGUUGUUAGAGGAAUUCAAGAAAGCCGUGCCGAGUGAGCCAUCCAAAAUGAUCAUUACUUAUCACGAUGCAGCCAUGUCAAAGGCAAUUGCUGUAACUCUCCUGACAACAUUCCAUAGAUAUUGCAUAUGGCAUAUCUUGAAUAAGAUUACAGAGAAACUCGGCAUUGGAGAAUGUUUUUCGAAAAUGAACAAAUGCAUAUGGGGUAUGGACAAGAAAGAAGAAUUUGAUGCGAAAUGGGAGGAAAUCAUCACAAACAAUGGGCUGCAAGACCAUGCAUGGCUGAGCUCAAUUCAUGCUAUAUGGGAGAUUGGGUUCCAUCAUAUGUAA